GCCCCUUAUCACUGAUAAAAUUCGCCUAACUGGUUUUUCAUCUAUUAUUUUUAUAUUUCCGAUAAACUUGUGAUUUGAUUUCACGUGACUUAGUUGUAAAGUUUGAGAACCUAAAAAAUUUACCUUUUACCUAAAAAAUGACCCAAAAAUUGAUUUUUUCCUGCUUAUUCCUUGUUAUUUUAUUGGAAAUUGUAAAGGCUCAUCCACAUCCAAUUGGAUUUUAUAGUAAAAAUAAUCCUAUUAAUAAACCGUUCAGAUGCGCUGACAAUGCUAUUAAUUCAACAAACUGUGAGGAAAUAUUAAUCAAUAAUUCAAUACCUUCAAGUAAUUUAUUUUCAAUGUUAUUAUUGUUUUCAUUGAUCUGGGUGUAAAUAAAAACUUGAUAUUUUUUGAUAA